AUGGUCAGCGAUUGCAUUCCAGAUUCAGCUCCUGAGCCAAAGAAUUUACUCAGUGAGCUUGAACAAAUGAAGAAACACCUAUCAGAGCUGGAACGGAAACUGAGCUCGUCAACUUCACUGGAAACUCCAACAGAGUCUGAGGCAGAGGAUGAUGUGAUUUCCUUCAAAAAUACGCAUUUCGAUUUCGACGUUGAUGGCAGACUUGUGUUCGACAACGAUAUAUUUUCUCCCCGGAUGCUCUUGAUGAAAGACCCACUCACACGCCUCUCCAAGAAAUACAUGGGAGACAUGAAGAAGACUGAGAAGGCGCGCACGGAGUUUCUUAAUCUCAAAAAUCCCUGGUAUGCAAACGAAAAGGAAUCGAAGGUGAGUGAAGUAUUCAAGCAAAAAGCCUUGCACCGGCUGCCAUGGAUAUUGCAUAAGGAGACAGAGAUGCCUACCGAAGACUCUGUCAUCGACAUAGAUGGGCCUAAAGGUGGUCUGGGAGGCUAUUUGCAAAGUGUCAUGCCCACGAAAAAAUCCACAUGGUUACUGCUUGAUCGCUUUUUCGAGUACUGGUACCCCCAUUAUCCAUUUGUUGACGAGGAGCAUUUCACCUCCUCUAUAUCUGAGGUCAUCGGCGAACGCAGCAUGGAGGACGAGCAGAUAAACAUUAUUGGCAUUUUUCGAGCCAAGUUAGUCCUGCUCUCUUCGCUAUUGUAUCUGAUCCACCUUGGCCAACUGACAUUGUACACGAUCAACAUGGAACCGAUUGCCGAAACGGAGACCGACGAGAACCUAAAGUAUCUGGUGGAACAUCCAUUGAACAGCCGUCUUCUUACUACGGCCUCAUAUUGCAGCAAAUGGAGUGGUAUGACGCAUAUGCCAGCUUUGGCGACUCUACAAAACCUUCUCUAUUCCAGAAUUGCAUUCAGACAUUCGCCCAUGGAAGGAGAGCAUUCGGAUUUGGAGUCCUUCGCUGGAUUGGUCGUUCGCAUGUCCGACAUUUUGGGACUGAACAGAGACCCGACAACUGUAACCAAUUCUCUCACACCGAAGCAAGUGAAUCUCUGGAGAAAGUUGUGGCUUGGUGUGUGGACUGUUGACUCUGGCUGGUCCUUCCAAAAUGAGAGCUUCGCACCAAGGAUCCACAAAUUUAACACCAAAAUGCCGGUCUUCCUUGGAGAAACGAACGCGAAUUGCAAAAACGAGAGCGCGGAGAGAGGCUCUAUUGCUGUUCUUCAGAGUCGCGCGAAGCUUAACAGGCUAUUCGCCGCGCUCAUGGAGACAGUCACAGACCUCAGCGGGUCGGUCAAAACCUCUUGUCUUCUUGAACGGAUCAGGGAUUUGGAGACAUACCAGGAAAAUAUGACCGGUGAUAUAGUUAUGUUUCUGAAUCCGGACACACUUGGCUCAGAGGACAAAGUUACUCAAAUUCAGCGAAUCAACGGAUGCAUCCAAUAUCUCGAGAUAAAGCACAUGUUGGUGUAUCUCUACUACCAUCUGUUUCUGCAAUACGAGCUGAAAAACGAUAUCGCAAAGUCAAAGCAUUUUUUGAUGAAAAGCAUACGUUCCUUGAUGUCUAUCUUGAUCUUCGGACGCAGCUCCAUAUUCCGCCUUGGUGAUUAUUUCGGCCAUGGGAACGAACACGUUGUCGCCCAGCCAUUGAUGCAAUCUGUAGGCAGAACGCGGUGCUUGUAUUUCAUGCUUUUGGUGCGCAUUAAGCAUGUCACUUAUACAAAGUUCAUUCAGGGAAACACCGAAACAGAGGUGGUGGCCACCUGCAAUAGAAUAGUGGAAACUGUCGAGAGUUCAGUGGGUGAGGGACUGCAAAUCCAGGGAAAACUGGCAGCGACCCAUUUCAUUGCCUGGUUUGCAUGCAAAAUCCACUCCUUUGUUUAUGCAAAAGUGUACCCUGCAAUGGUGGAGUCACUUUUCAACACAGCGAAAGAACCAACGGAGGAACAUGAGAAGCUAAAUGUCAACAUAAUGCUCAGGUGGAAGAAAAGUGAUUUUGAGGAUCUGGCCGAACUGCUUUCCAGGAAAUACGAGUGUGAGGACGUCUUUCUUGGCUGUUCCUUUCCGAAUCAUUCAGAAAAGACGUCAGAUGCUGCUGGCGCAAUUGAUUCUGGCUGGAUUGGAAGGUUGCUCACUAACAGGUUGCAUCCAUACAUUGAAGGAAACCCUCUCAUUUCGGAGUUUCGGCAGGCUUUGAGACCGGAUCAAAGCGUGAGUAGUACAGACACCACUCCGGGAACCGGUCUCGAAUUUCUGGGCUCUGACUUGAACAUUGAUGAGCUCUUCACAAAUAUUGAUAGUUCCAUUUGGAAUACUUUCCCCCUAUAA